GGCGUUAAGGCGCGACGGGGGCUGUGUGUGUUUGUUUACUGCCAGGCGUCCGUUCAGAGAAAGUUCUGGACUAAAAUGCGGAUUCCUGCAGAAUAGCGAGCGGAGGAGCAAGCGCCACCAAUCGGCCGCGUGAACAAACCGCUCACGCCGCCUUUACAGCGACUUUACUGGGGAUUUCGGACUGAGCGCGUGGCCGUUUGAGGAGCUGGAGAAGACUUCGCCCCCCGCUUAGCUUAGCUUAGCUUAGCUUAGCGCAGCCCGGGCUGCCCUAAUCCUCGCUUAGCGUAGCGUAGCUUAGCAUAGCCUCGCUGGUGGGACCGCUGGUGUCGCUGCUUAAAAGCUCUCUGACGACGAGAUGUGUUAACUUCGCGGAAGAGGAAACCAGGAAGAGCCAGAAGCCUCUCGAGACGUUUUCCGUGGACCUGAGAUUCGGGAUCAUGUCGUCCUUUUCCGAGUCCGCCCUGGAGAAGAAGCUGUCCGAGCUCAGCAACUCUCAGCAGAGCGUUCAGACUCUGUCUCUGUGGAUCAUUCACCACCGCAAACACUCGGGCUCCAUCGUGAGGGUUUGGCACCGAGAGCUGAAGAAAGGUAGGUCCAGAGCCAAAAGCAGCCGGAAGCUGACCUUCCUUUACCUCGCCAACGAUGUGAUUCAGAACAGUAAGAAGAAGGGACCCGAGUUCACGCGGGAUUUUGAGGGAGUCCUCGUCGAUGCCUGCUCCCACGUAGCAAGAGAGACCGAUGACAGCUGUAAGAAGCACAUGGAGAGGCUGCUGAAUAUCUGGCAGGAGCGUAAUUUGUACCGCGCAGACUUCAUCCAGCAGCUCAAACUAGCCAUCGAAGACUCCAACAGCCCGAGACAAAGAAAUACAGCAGAUGAGAAAAAAGGCUUGAAAAGAAGUUUCCAGAAGAUUCAAGAAGAAGAGGAGGAAGAAGAUGAUGACGAUGAUUACAGAACUCACUAUUCUCCCCGUGAAACAGAAGCAGGUGGCCCACAGCUGACGGAGGAGCUGGUGAAGGCCCUGCAGGAUCUGGAGAACGCUGCGUCCGGAGACGCUGCUGUCCGCCAAAAAAUCGCCUCACUCCCUCAGGAAGUGCAGGAUGUCUCCCUCCUAGAGAAGAUCACAGAUAAGGAGGCAGCAGACAAACUGUCUAAGACGGUGGACGAAGCGUGUCUGCUGCUGGCAGAAUAUAACGGGCGGCUGGCGGCGGAGCUGGAGGACCGCAGGCAGCUGGCCCGCAUGCUAACGGAGUACAUUCACACCCAGAAAGAGGCGCUUAGUGAAAGGGAGAAAAAACUUGAGGAGUACAAACAGAAGCUGGCGCGAGUAACGCAGGUGAGGAAGGAACUAAAGUCUCACAUCCAGAGCCUGCCGGACCUCUCUCUGCUGCCCAAUGUGACCGGAGGACUGGCCCCACUCCCUUCUGCAGGAGAUCUGUUCUCCACUGACUGAUCCACGUACAUACAAACAGGCAAACACAGGAUCCCUUCUUUUUCUCUAGCUUUCUCUCUUUUUCUCUAACCUCUCUGUCGGCCUCCGUUCAUUUCUAUCGUCUCCAUCACAUCCAGAACUUCCAUUACUGGAAGCUGCCGCGGAGCACAAAACCAACUGGACUGUGGUUCGACCAUCACCAGCCUACCAGCCCAGAUCUAGCCAAUCCCCAACCCCUGUCUUUUCGUUUGGUUUUUAGAAGGAAACUCUGGCCACUGACUUUUUGCUUUAGCUGUGGAGUUUCACCGAGAGCAAACAUGCUAUUUGCUGGUCCUGCUUUUGUAUGCGACUCUGCUGUGACAGUAGCAGCAUUUCAUGCUGUUGUACCAUUAUUAGGGUUUAGGUUUUAUUGCUUUAAAGUGUCAUUUUGCUUUGUUUGCUGAUUAAUUCUUCCAUUGGGUGUGGCCUGCGUAUGGAGAGAUACUUUGAAGGCUUUUUUUUUUCCAGUUUGUCACUCACUCACAUAAGCUGUGUACCUGAAAUAAAGCCCAUUUGGGUUUACUUAUUGUAAACGAUAUUGUAUUUAUCGUUUUGUGCUGCCUGAAAACUAUGGCUAAGUGAGCAGCAGUGGAGUACAUAUUUCAAAUAAGGUCGUCAUGUCAGAUGAUCUUUUCCUCCUUUAGCAUUUUUUUAGGGGAGGGACUUACUAAGACUGGGCGUUAUACUGUGAGAAUAUUGUUAUUCUGAAUCUGAUUAGUAUUAAAAUACAGUUUACAGCGGUGAGUUUAAAACCUAGUUUGGUUGCUUGUUUGUUUUGCUGCAGUAACAAUGUUUUACUAAAUUAAUUAGGAAUUUUGCUCAUGUUCCCAGCCCUCGGAUACUGAAUCCAUAGAGCGGUUUGUUUUGUUGUCUAGUACUGCGUCCAGGAAAAGCAGAACUACGGUAUGUUUUUUGUCUCCAAACAUGAUCUUUAAGAUCUGUCUCAACCAUCCAUCCAUUAAGCUAUUGACUGCAUAUUGUUUAAAAAACUGUCUCUGAGCUGCUGAUGUUUGAGUCAGAACAGUGACGAGAAGGCGGCUUGGCUCAAAACGGAGUGCGCCAAUCAGGGUGAAGCUUUCACAGCUCAAUGUGCAGACCACCCUCCUGGACUGGUGUGAAUUCAGUCAAACUCCAGGAUUUCCGUAAUCAAAUAUCCUUGGUCCUGUUCCUGGUUGUGCCAGAGAAACUGACAUUAUGAUGCCUAUCGUCAUGCAGAGUCUGCUGUUAAAUGAGACGUACAGAAAUAGACUCUGUCUGAACUCCUCGUGACACAAACUCUGGAUGGAUGUCUCCAAAAUGUCCUCUUUUGUAAGAUUCAACUGAUGUUGGUUUUCAGUAGAUUUUCACAUUUCACUCUCAAGACUGAAAAAGCAAAGCCAUUGACUUCACAGACAAACCUUGUACCCUACAGACUCCCCCAUUAUGACAGUGUACAACAACCAGAGUAACUGACAAUCAGCUUUCUUUGGUUUUUCACUUUUUACAGGCAAGUGUGCUACAAAACUGGAUACUGGGCAUAGCAAGAUAAAGAUAACGCAUCUGGGUUAUUUUCAAGGUGACAUUAGGUCUGUCUUAAGUCCAGCUUUGUAGUACACAGUAUCAACAUUUCAGCAUUCCUUGCCAUAGCGGCAUUAGAAUGUUUUUGCCUUCUUUAAUAGCAUAAAUAAGACUUUGUCCCUGCUGAUCCUUUUCUUUAUUAGCAUUUUCUUUUUCCCACAGAAUGAAGCCAAUAAACUGAAAUGGUGAAUUCCA